AUGGCUUCUGGUGGUCGCGGCUUUGGCAAACCUUCAGUUGGGAAGAAUGAAAAAAGCGAGGAACGGACUAGACAGGUGAACGGCAGCAUGGCAGCCAGAACAGGAGACUAUCUCGAAUCCCUUCUCACUGAUGCUUUUAAGGGGAAGGGAUUUCAGAAAAUAAGCGAACUGCUUCAGGAGAGAGAAAUAGAGCCUCCCCAGAAAUACAGCGAAUCUCUCUUCAACCAGCUAGAUAAAGUACUGAGAAAGGAGCUGGACAAGAAUGAAUUCCAGAAUGUUUCACUGCUGCUGAAAUGUAUUCAGCUCUACUUUAAAAGUGAUCUUCAAGAAGGGACGAGUUUGUUUAUUGAGCAAGGACUGGUUUUAACUGAUUCUUUUAACUUUUACCUGGUAUCUUGGUUUGAAAGAGCAAGAGCAUUUGUGAUCCUCAUCGACCCAGACGAGAAUAAAUUUUUGAUGUUACUUCUUGAAGACUUCUUUGACUCUGCAUUGGUGAAACUGAAGCUAGCUGAUGAAUAUGACUGUAUCAUGUAUUUGUGCAAGAAUUAUGACCUUCAGGUUGCCCUUUCAGAAGCACUUUGUAGGUUAAUGACAAAAAAAUGGAGGGAUGACCUUGUUCACCACUGGUUUGAAGAUAGCUAUCUUGCUGAAGCUUUCAAAGAGAUCAAGGAUAGAGAAUUUGAGACGGUGAAGAAGCCGUCAGACGAGAAGCUGGAGGAGUUCUGGAUUGACUUCAACACCGGCAGCCAGAGUGUGACUUUCUAUGUGGACAAGGGUGAUGGAGAAAAGAUUGUUAAAAUUUACAUGAAGAUUCCUGCUACUCUUAACAAAACAGAAGCAACAAAAAUCAAAAUAUCUUUCAGUGCUGAGUUUGAGAUCUUAAGUGUACUUAAAAAAGUCCUGGGAGAUGAAAAAAUGAUGCAAAAGCAGAUAAAGCAUUUCAUAGUAGCUCCAGAGGGUGAAGCUGUAGUUUCCUUCCCUCCUUCAGCAACAAAGUCCAAUACUCCAUCUCCAAGGACGAAAGCUAAGCCUAGUGAGAAGCCCCUAGAAGAAGAACCCAUGGAGGAGUCAACACCAAAGAAGGAUGCUACCUGGGAAAAGAGAAACAGAAAAACAAGUUUGGCCAAGCAGCGGACGGAAGGCAGGAAGGAAAUCUAUGACUUUGAAAACUCAGACUCUGCAAGUCAUGAAAAGGUUGCUGAAGCCAAAGGAAGGAUUCUUGGCCAGAAAGUUUCUUCACAAAAUCAGAGGAGUUAUGAAAUGGGAAACAAGAACGAGGAAUCAAACAAGCUCGAGAGAAGGCCGAAGUUUCAUGAUGCAUCUGGUGAAUUGUCAAGAGAAGAAGAAAGUUUUAAGCGGAAGGACUCAGAUAUAUUAAGCGGCACUGUCAUAAAAAAGCCUAAAUUUUCCAGUUGGGAAACAAGUAAUUUGUCCUCUGACACUUCCUGUAAACCAAGGAAACUUUUUGAUUCAGUAGAGAAGGAAGCGGAGAUCCAAACAGGUCAGGAAAUGGGUGAUGGUGUGGAUGACGCAUUUUUUUCCAAGAUGCUGCGUGAAGACUUCACUGAUUCAGGGGUGAUUACUGCAUUUGAAAGCUUUAUCGGCCAACUAAAGAAAUUGUUCUGGUCCCGGUACAAAAGGAUGGAGACGAGCGCGCAGAACACCCUCAGGUCUUCGGAGAAGAACGUGUCUGCCCUGCUGAACCAGAUACACCAGUGCAGGCUGAGUAAGCUGGAGACCUUCCAGAAGAUUGUUGUUGAAGAGCUUGCCAGUCUUGAGAAGGAAACUCAAAUCUUGGCAAACAUGGAGAAGGACGCAGUGGUGUGUGUGACUUCUCGUGUGCCAGCCUGCGGAGGUACCCCUUCCCAAUAUGAACGCCCAAUGAAGAAGGCAGUAGAAAACGACGUGUUUGUUGUUCCUUCUGACUAG